AUGUGUGGCGAGGCUGGCGUGCCAGGCUUUCCAGGAUUAGCUGGAAAGGAUGGGCUGCCUGGUCCUGAAGGCCCUCCAGGUGAUACUGGCCUUCCUGGCUUGGACGGAAGUGGAAUGAUUGGAAUAAUUGGAGAAAGGGGAGAUGAUGGUGUUCCUGGCCAUGAUGGAUCUCCUGGUCAAGUUGGGCCACGUGGCAUGCCUGGUGAAGUUGGAUAUCCUGGGGCUCCUGGAUUUCAAGGAGAGAGAGGCGAACCUGGACUUGAUGGAGUAUUGGGAGAACAUGGACUUCGUGGUAUUGAUGGAAAACCUGGUCGUAGAGGCCAAGAUGGAUUGCCUGGUCUAACUGGUCCACAAGGUUCUCCAGGACCUAAAGGCCAGCCAAAUUUGGAUGGACAAACUGGCUUUCCAGGGGGACCUGGUGGUCCUGGAUUUCCUGGACUAAGAGGAGAUAUAGGCCCUGAUGGCAUUCGCGGAUUCCCAGGAGAUAAAGGCCCUGAUGGCUUACCUGGUAUUGAUGGAAUUAAAGGCGAAAGAGGAAUGCAGGGUCUUCAAGGACUACAAGGUCCUAGAGGUUUGCCUGGCGAUCAAGGGUUUCCUGGCUUGCCUGGAAUUCAAGCACCAUUUAGCCUGGAAGAACAUUCACCACGUGGUUUACGCGGAGAAUAUGGUCAUCCUGGUAUUCCAGGCCUAAGAGGCCAGCAAGGCAUUACUGGUCUUCCUGGUCCACCAGGACCAGCUGGCUAUCCAGGCAGAAAAGGAGAAGUUGGAGAACAUGGACCUCCAGGUUAUCUGGGACCAAAAGGAGAAGCUGGAAUAAAUGGCAUACCUGGAGUUGUUGGACGCGAAGGCCGGCCUGGGGCACCUGGACCUGCAGGAUUUCACGGGCCACCUGGCGGGUUGGCUCCCUCUCGUGGCUUUACAAUAACCAGACAUUCUCAAAGCACACAAGUUCCAUCAUGUCCAGACGGAAUGCAACAACUUUGGAGUGGUUAUUCACUUUUGUAUGUUCAAGGGAAUGGAAGGGCUGCUGGUCAAGAUUUGGGUACACCAGGCUCGUGUUUACCCAAAUUUUCAACAAUGCCAUUUGUAUUCUGCAAUUUAAAGGAAAUUUGCCAUUUUAGCAGCCGUAAUGAUUAUUCAUUUUGGUUGGGAACUGGAAAACCAAUGAAUCAAAUGAUGACACCUAUGACAGGUGAAGCGUUAAGAGAACAUGUUUCUCGUUGUUCAGUUUGUGAAAGUCCUACACAGUCAAUGGCUGUUCAUUCGCAAGAUAAUUACGUGCCUGAAUGCCCAUCUGGAUGGCAACCUUUAUGGAAAGGCUAUAGCUUUGCUAUGCACACCGCCGCCGGGGCUGAAGGAACUGGUCAGAAUUUUGAAUCUCCUGGAAGUUGUCUAGAAGAAUUUUAUUCUGUUCCUUUCAUUGAAUGUCAUGGAAAGGGCACUUGCAAUUACUAUGCUACAAAUCAUGGCUUUUGGUUGGCAGUUGUUGGACAACAAAAUCAAUUCCGAAAGCCAAUGCCUCAAACAUUAAAAGCUGGUGGACUUAAAGAUAGAAUUUCGAGGUGCCAAGUCUGUCAAAAAAGCAGACAAAUUUGGCAAUAGAAUUUUAAAGAAAAUUGAAAUCAUGCGAACCUUCCCUCCAAUAAAUAGCUAUUUGUUUUUACAAAUUUAUUUUUUUACAUUUUUUAAUUUAAAUAAGCAGAUUGGGGUUGGAAUGCUCGCACAGAUGUUUUAAUAAUGUGAUGAUAUUUGUUAUUAAUUUAAGAAUAUUUGCUUUGUACUCUUAUUUAAAAUUAUAUGUUUCUAAGUUUUUUAAAUAUUUCUUUAAU